CGCAUAAUACAUAAAGCAAAAAAUUCAAGCAAUCAUAGUUCUUUAUUUCAUGGAAAGGAAGGAAACGAAAGACUGAUGGUUCAAUUUCUUAUGCGUUAUGCGUUAUGCAAGAGUCUGUGCUCCUUGUUUAUUUUGAUUCUAACCAUAUCGACUCCGUGGUAGGAGUUGGGGCCAUUCUCUUGCAAAGAAGAAAACCAUAGUACCAUUCAUAACAUAAAAUAUUGUUUUCUUAAACCUAAAGUAAAUCGGAAAUAAUGAAGGCGUUGGAGUUAUACAGCGGCAUUGGAGGGAUGCAUUAUGCGUUACGUGAGAGUGGAAUUGCAGCUAAAGUUGUCGCAGCAAUUGAUAUAAAUCCUGUUGCAAAUGAUGUUUACCAUCACAAUUUUCUGGAAACUGUUCUUAUGAAUAGAAAUAUUCAGUCUAUUAAUGCACAGGAAUUAAACAAGUUAAAUGUGGACAUUAUGUUUAUGAGUCCUCCGUGUCAGCCUUUUACUAGAUUAGGGUUAAAGAAGGAUGCUCUUGAUAACAGAAGUUGUUCCUUGCAACACAUUUUGAACUUGUUGCCAGAAUUGAAAAAUUUGAGAUAUAUUUUGUUCGAGAAUGUUAAAGGUUUUGAAGUAUCUCAAAUGAGAGACAGAUUAGUAAAUUGCAUAAAAAGUUGUGGCUAUAUCUAUAGAGAGUUAAUAUUAAGCCCAUGCCAAUUUGGUAUGCCAAACAGUAGACAUAGAUAUUAUUUACUGGCGAAAAGAAAUAAUCUGAAAUUCUGUUUUAAACAGUCCUCGCUAGGGAAUAAUUUACUUCCUGAAUUAUUUGAAUUACUACCAAAAAGUAAACACUCAGUAUUAGCAGAGAAAGAAGGUAAAAUUAAUCAGAAAUCUGGCAGACUGUGUUAUACAUUAAAUAAUAUUUUGGAACGUAUUGAAGAUUCAAAGUAUUUAGUGCCUUCUAAGUUACUACAAAAGAGAGCAUGGGUAUUAGAUAUACGAACAACUGAAAGCAAUGGUUCCUGUUGCUUCACCAAAGGAUACAGUUAUUAUGCAGAAGGAGAGAUUGAGGACAGUUGUAACAAUGCAUAUAUCUUUUAAAUGAUAAGAAAUAAGAUGAAGAACAAAAAUAGUCGGUAUCAAUGCUUGCGUUUGUCUUACAUCAACCGUGUAUGCGCCGCAUGUAAAAGAAAUAAUAUGUAGGGUGCUCAGAUAAGCCAUGUAAGUGUAAAUUUACGAUAUACUUUUUUACUUUAAAUUUUCAAAUAAAAUGUUUUUUUUAUCAUAUUUUUAUUUUAUUAACUC